CGUCAUUCUGAGGCCCAAGGCAAAUAUAAUAAACUGUAGCAUACUCUUAGGCUGUUUGCUUAAAGCAGAGACGUGCACCUCGAGUGCGUGUUUGGCAGUUGUUGAGCAAAUGGAGCGUUUACAUAAAGAGUUCGGGGUCAGUGUCAUGCCUGGUUCUGUUUUAUCAGUGAAUGGAGACCACAAACGGGACAACCGCAACUUUCAAUGGAUGUUUACAAAUGGCACAAAAGAGCUUCAGACUGGUAUAAAUAUACACUUUAGUUGUUAAUUGUCCAUCGAUGCACGAACAGCGGACUCAAAUUUAGGCGAAUGGGCGGCAGCAAGGAGGUGGUUAUCGAGGUGGAGGACACACUCAGUUCGGAGGGCAGCUUUGCCAGCACCGUGGCGGGUCAGUGCUGCAGCGAAGAACUACAAGAUCGGGAAUCUGUUCAACGGAACGAUCCCGCUGCCACAACACAGACUCAAAAAUUCAAAAAAAGUACCAGCGUAUUAUCGGGUGGCCAUAACUAUGCGAGCAGCAAAAAUGUAGCCGAGGGUCUCAUGGACAUAGCUUUGCUCUCGGCAAAUGCAAAUCAGCUGCGCUUUCUGAUCACCUACAACCAUGCGGCAUCCACAUUCUACUGCAGCUUGGCUCUGGUAAUACUCUCCCUGGUGCUGCAAGUGCUCGUGGGCAUUGUGCUGAUCUUUAAGCGCCGCCUUAAGCGCUGCCAGAGUCGAAACUAUAUGCGAACCAAUGAGGCGCUCAUCAUGGGCGUAUUCCUUAUCACUGUGAUCAAUGUGUUGCUGGCUGCAUUUACCACAACCGACGGACGUGCCAAUUGAAAUAGUAAAACAGUUUUUCAUAUUCUUUAUAAAUUGAAUCGUAUUUAA